CCAGCCCGCACCAUCCGCACCACCCGCACCCUCCCGGCGGCCUGUCCGCCGCGGGCACCCUCAAGAUGAUGCCCUCGGACCACCGGAGCAAAUCGAAAAAGACAGUGGACAAGAACAGUAACGAGUACCGGGUGCGCCGGGAGCGCAACAACAUCGCGGUGCGCAAGAGCCGGGACAAGGCCAAGCAGCGCAACGUGGAGACGCAGCAGAAGGUGCUGGAGCUCACCACCGACAACGAGCGGCUGCGCAAGCGGGUGGAGCAGCUCACCCGGGAGCUGGAGACACUGCGGGGCAUCUUCAGGCAGCUGCCCGAGAGCUCGCUGGUGAAGGCCAUGGGCAGCUGCGCCUAGCGCGGCGCCGGGACCGGCCGGGCUGCGCUGCCCUGCCCGCGCACAGAUACUGUAGGCACCGGCGUGCGGCAAGCGCCGUGUGCCGGCGGGAGGGGAACGGGGGGUUGUUUUGGUUUGGUUUUGUUUCGUUUCGUUUGUUUUUUAUCGAUUCACGACCUAUACAAGAAGCCAGGCAGCUCUAGUAUUGAAAGGUUUGUGCCUUAGAGAUGACACACGAGUAAGCUGAAAACAUGGUAGGUUUUCUAAGGAGAAAGGCAAGGGGAGAAAAGAAUUAAAAGACCACGUGUCUACACAGGGUAAAUAACAGUAAUAAUAAUAAUAAUAUUAAUAACAAUAACAGUCAUAAAGCACACAUAGCAACCCAGAUGUGCCUUAAAAGCUGGCUGCAGGAGCUCUGGGGCUUACUGUGCCCUCCAGCCUUGCAGGGUGCGAGGAGAAGGACCGAGGGACGUGCAGGCUUGGGGGCUGCGGUGUGUGGGGUGUCCUUGCUGACCCCUUCCAGCUGGCCUGCAGUGCAGCAGGCAGGAGCAGCUUUGGGGCAGCCAGCGAUGAGAAGAGGAUUUGAGGCUGAGCGAUGUGCAGCACUGGGCGCCGUGAGGAGCACUGAGGUGUGGGGCAGCCCCCGGACUGCUGCCAGGACUGUCGCAGCCUGGCCGGGCUGCCUCUGCCGAGCCCUGUCCCCUGCCUUGGCUGGAGGGGGACAAGGGGCCAGCGCCGCUGCAGGACCGAUGGACAGCCUGGGACUGAUGGAGCAGCAGCUUGCAAGAGUGUGGUGAGCUCUCUCCAUCGACAGAAAGAGCAGCAGUGUCUUGUACUGUAUGUCACGACGUGGCGAAGCACAAAUGAAUAAAUACCUAUUGAUGCGGGUAUUUACUAUGAACUUGCAGUGUAUUUUGCUUUAUUCCAGGACAUUUUGCUCUUCUCCAAGUCUCUGUCCACCCAAACUGUGCCUCAUGUAAUGUGAAAGCCGUUCCAUGUACACUAGCUAUACUUUAUUGCCUUACUUAGAUCUUUGCCAUCACACAACUUUCUUAUCUGGUGACAGAGACUAUGCCCUUGUGCUGCAACGUUAUUUUAUUAUUUGUAUGGGUGAGUGGGUGUGAGUGUGCGUUGCCUUCUUCACAUUGUCCUGUGCUGGUUGCUGCCUCCCGACCACAAGGCAGGAGUGCCUGGAAUGGGGCAGGGGUUGUGGGGCUGCACGAUGCCUGUGGUGAGGCAAGGAGGCUUGUCCCUGGUGCUGCUGCACCUUUGGACUCUGGAGCUUCUCCCAGAGUGAGGGAAAAAUAAACAAACAAACAGGCCCCCUGGGCAUUCUGGUAGCCAUGCAGAACAUUUCUUCCUUGUGUCGUAGCUGCAUAACAAUUUGUCCAACUGAAGUAGGUCUUGACAAGAGAGCAGAACAAGGUGGAUGGAGCUGUUUGGAAGCAUGACAGUGAGAGCACAGUGCUGGCAGCGUGUGUGUUUGUGUGCAGUGUGUGUAUGGUAUGUAUACGUGUAUGUAUAUGCACACACGUUGGUGGGUUUUUUUUUAAUUUUGGGGGGGGAGGGAACUGCAUUUAAAAUUUGUCAGAAGUCCUGGUUACGUUCAUAAAUAAACAGCAUAUAUUCUACCAUAACCA